AUGGAAGAGGGUUAUGGGAUCACUCGACCAAAUGGCCGCUACUUCAUUAACCUGACCGGGCAAGAGUUUCCACUCAAGACUAACAGAGAGCUUGUAACUAUUCUCAGGGCCCUUGAUGGUGCCAAUGAUAUCGGCCUGGAGCAGGACCCUUCUUUUGUUUACCGGUGGAAGAAGCAGGUCCCAGCGCCACACAACCUCACUGUCACCAAGGCGCCGGUGCACAUCGUUGCGUCACGAGGAUAUGUGGACUACGUCCUUCACAGUCGUGUGGCUCGUGACUUCCUUCAGUGGAUUCUGCCAUCAUCCAUCCCAGACGAGUCUUUCUUUGGAACAUUGAACAGCAACCCUCAUCUGGGUGUACCUGGGUCAUACUUGGGUAGUGUCAACGCCUCCAACAAAGCCUCUUUCGUCCGCCAUAAGAUGUGGCACUUUCAGAAUCCCUCGUCGUGUGGAGGGAAAUGGGAGCGACAGAUCUGUCACUUUGGUGUAGGGGACCUCUAUCGGUUAACUCACUCCCCUCAGCUUUUCGCCAACAAGUUUUCGUUUGACUUUAUGCCGUUAGCCUACGACUGCAUGGAGGAUUGGUACUUUGGAAAAGUUGACCAAGAGAAUAAAGGGAUAUCUUCUGUUUUAAAUGUGUCUAUGUAUGAGGAUGCAGAUUUUGUGAGGAAACAAAUUGAACCAACGUCACUGUCUGAACGAAGAGGCCUCCUCAACCCCCGUCAUUGGGUCGACGAAGAGCACACCCUGCAAACCAAGAACAGCAGCCCGAGAGCGAGCUGGUCGCAACAGACCGUUUUCAGAUCGAGUCCUUUUGAGGACUGGACCAAGUACCUCCGGGAAUUUUAUGGCUCGCUGCAAGACAGGGCUGAUGGCUUGCGAGCUUUACUGGCUAGUCCCGGCAAUUUCAGUCCACCGACCGUGUCCUCCGUGCAGUGUUCGCUGCUCUGGGAAGGGGAACCCGAAGAACUCCGACGCGUACAACCGCUGGUUAACGAAACAAGAUGGCGUCCCAAGAGCGAGCGCGACUACCUGGAGGCGACCGUCAACUGCACGCGCUACGUUCUGGAGGGAGGCUUCAGAGCAGCCGCUGUUAGCGAGGAGGAGCUGUCCUUCCCUUUGGCUUUCAGCUUGCUGGUGUACAGGGAUGUAGAACAGGCUGAACGACUUCUUCGAGCAGUUUAUCGACCACACAACAUUUACUGCGUGCACGUAGACCGGAAAUCAGCUGACGACAUCCACACUUGCAUGCGCCUCGUCAUCAGUUGCCUGCCGAACGUCAUCCUCGUCCCGCGGUCUAUCAACGUCACGUGGGGAGAGUUCUCCGUCUUGGAACCGGAGAUAGAGUGCAUGAAGCGGGUGUGGGCCCACCCUACCAGAUGGCGCUACUUCAUUAACUUGACGGGCCAGGAGUUUCCUCUCAAGACGAACAAGGAGCUGGUUCAAAUCCUCAAGGCUUUUCGUGGGGCCAACGACAUCAGUGGCACAAACGACCCGCAGUUUCACUUCCGGUGGAAGGAGUUUCUUCCCGCACCCUUUAACUUGACUGUCAUCAAGGGCUUUGUGUACAUCGUGGCGUCGCGAGGGUUUGUGGACUACGUUAUCCACAGCCGCGUAGCACGUGACCUCCUCCGAUGGGUGCAGCCCUCCAGAAACCCGGAUGAGACGUUUUUCAGCACCUUGAACCACAACCCUCAGCUGGGUGUGCCUGGUUCAUUUCUAGGUAAUAUCCAAGAAACCUACAAAGAAUCGUUUUCGCGUUUCACCCUCUGGGUUUUCAAAGACAAGGAGCUGUGCACUGGCAAAUGGGUGAGAACUGUCUGCCAUUUUGGGGUCGGAGACCUCUACCGCCUGACACAUACCCCGCAACUCUUCGCCAACAAAUUCUCGUACGAUUUCAUGCCGCUGGCAUACGACUGUCUGGAAGAGUGGUACUUUGAGAAGGUGCGAGCGGAAAACCAGGGAGUAGCUUUACCGCUCAACCUGUCGGUGUAUGAACACUCUCUGCUGGUCAAGCGGCGGUACAAGGGACCUGUGCUGAUGUGGGAUUAAGCGCAGUGUGUGUGUGUGAGAGGGGGCCAGCAAUGACGUCAGCUGUGUACAGAAAAAUUGGGAUGUUUUGUCCUUAUUUGUAGUUACCUAUUACUUAGUUUAGGACCGAACAUUCCUGUGUGUAAAAUAUUAGCUUUUUAAGCAUAUUUAACAUUAACGUAUUAGUCAUGUAGGACAGAUGCUAAAUGUUAAUGUAUGUCAUGUACUGUAUGUCCAAUGCUAGCGUGAACUGUGCUAACAUGUCAGCGUGUUAGUUAACCGUUAAGUCCUGUGCUGAGUGCUAAGCGUUAGUAUGUUACUCAUAUUAAACAUCGUGUGUUGGGCAUGUCAAAUGCAUGUUAGAUUGUGCUGGAUGUUAAGAUAGCGUGUUAGUCAUGUUAGACAUUAUCAUGUUAGGGUUAGAGACUGUUACUAGUGUUAGCGCAUCAGUCAUGUUAACCGUUAGCAAGUUUGUCAUGUUACACACGUGUUGUAUGAGUCGUU